GCUGUUGUAGUGGAAAGUAUAACAGGCUUGUGGUUAAAAACAGUUAUUUUUACGUAUUUUAGCUUUCUUGUUUUUGAACACGUGGCAAGGAAACAAAUUACAAUGAGUACAUGCAGAACCUGCCUAAAAACUUCAGCUAAAAAGGAUAUUUCACACCUGGAAAAGAGCAUAAAAGAUGACAAUAGAAAAUGCAUUGAUAUCAUGGCGUUUUGUUUAGAUAUAAAGGUUACAGAGGACUCCAAAAUAACCACGAAACUAUGUGAUACCUGCUAUGGAAAAAUCAUCUCGUUUUACAAGUUUAAGGUUUUAUCUUUGGAAAAUGAUGCAUAUCUAAAAUCUUUAGACUCACUUGAGCAGCCUGCAGACCAAAAUCUAACUCUGUAUGUGGAUGAAAAUGGAAUUAAACAUGAGAAUUUUGUGGAAUCUGAAGAUUUUGCUCCAUGUGUAAUAGAAUAUAGCAAGAGAGAAAUCAAAAUAGAAAUAGAUGUUAAGGAUGACGACAGACAAGAAGAUUCAGAAAUAACAGAUAAUAUAAAGGUAGAAGAUACAUUUGAAGAUGUAGAUUUAAAUGAAAAGCCACUGAGUGUGGUACAAAAUGUUAAAAAUGAAAAUUUUGAGGAUGAUACCAAAGAAGAGGCACCAGAACAUAUUAGUGGGCAGCGGAUGUUGAAGUGCGAGGCGUGUCCAAAGCAGUUUGUCACUUUUGGUGGGCGGAGCAAACAUUACCGGAUCACACAUUUGGGCAAAAGGUCCAAAUGUGAUAUUUGUCAUAAAGAGGUGGCAAACCUACCAGAGCACAAGCUGCGCAUACACAACCCGUCCGGCAUGCGGUUUAACUGCUCGCUGUGCAGGCGCGCUUUCCUCAGACAGACGGAGCUGGACUUACAUAUGCUCACACACACCAAGGACUACCAGUUUCAGUGCGACGUGUGUCAGAAGAAGUUCAGUUCCAGGAGUUUGCUCUCCCUACAUAUACGUCAGGUCCAUGAAAAAGAAAGGAACUAUAAAUGCGAACAUUGCCCUAAGGCCUUCUUUACCAGAAUGAAACUCGAAAAACACUCAAGAUCACACACGAACGAGAAACCCGGCAAAGAAUAUCAAAUCUGCGACGAGUGCGGCGUGUCCGUGGUGGAUCUCAAGACGCACGCGGCGCGCCACCGGCCCCGGGGCGAGCGCAGCCUGCUGCGGUGCAAGGCGUGCCCGAAGACCUUCUAUACUAUCGGUGGCCGGAAGAGGCAUUACAAGACGACGCAUUUGGGCAAGAUACCCAGGUGUGACGUUUGUCAUAAACAGGUGGUGUCGGUUACGGAGCACAAGAGGCGCAUGCACUCGGCGGGCGAGCUCCCGUUCCCGUGCGGCCGCUGCGAGCGCCGCUGCGCCACCCCGGCCCUGCUCGAGGCGCACACGCUCACACACACCAAGGACUACAAACACGAGUGUGACGUUUGUCACAAGAAGUUCAGUGCGCACACUUUCCUUUCGAUCCAUAGACGGGAUGUGCAUGAAAAAGAAAGGAGCCAUCAGUGUGAAUUUUGUCCUAAGGCAUUCUUCAAGAAAGAUAAACUAAAAGAACAUAUAAGGAGCCACACGAACGAGCGGCCAUACACGUGCGACUUCUGCGAGCGGUCGUUCACGAAGAAGGUGCUCCUCACUAGACACCUCACCACGCACAGCGGCCUCCGCAAGUUCCGCUGCACGCUGUGCAACAAAACCUUCAAGACCUCCGGGAACUUGACCGUGCACAUGGUCAGUCACACGAAGGAGAAACGAUACCCGUGCGCGUUCUGCGGCGCGCGCUUCGGCCGCUCCGACCACCGCCGCCGGCACGAGUUCACCGCGCACAAGAAACAAGGAAGUGGACAAGAAACCUGA